AUGUUGCUCUCGCCCGCUCUCCAGCAGUCCGAGGAGCUGGACCCCGAACCCGCCGUCCCGGCCUCUCCGGAGUGGGUGAGCCGCGGCCGUCUUCCAGCCUCUGUGCCGCUCAUCUUGCUGCUGCUGUGGGAUCUCGGAGCUCGGGAAGCAAAGUUGUCCAAAAGUUGUCCAGAAGUGAUGGAUGCAGUAGCGGUCGGAUUGACCAUUGCUGCUGCAGGAUUUGCAGGCCGUUAUGUGUUGCAAGCUAUGAAGCAUAUGGAGCCAGGUCUUCAAAGUCUCCCGAAAUCGGCCUUCAGUGGCGGCGAUUACAGAGGGGGGUUUGAACCCAAAACGACAAAACGAGCAGCAUUAAUACCAGGUGUAAGCCCUACUGCCAACAAAGGAAAAAUAAGAGAUGCACAUCGAGGAAUUAUGCUUUUAAAUCACCCAGACAAGGGAGGAUCUCCUAAUACAGCAGCCAAAAUCAGGGAAGCUAAAGAUUUACUAAAGGUCAAGCUAAAACAUGAAGUAACUACAUGA